GGGGCCGGCGGAGAAGCGCGACCUUUGACCCGUGGCGGGGCUCCGUGGGAGUCGGCGGGCGGAAGUGCGGGCUGCGGGUGGCCAUGGAGGAGCCUGUUCACGACGGGGUGGCCUCGCCGGCCGCUCCUGGGACCGCGAAAUCCAAGCUGGAAACAUUGCCCAAGGAAGAUCUUAUCAAGUUUGCCAAGAAGCAGAUGAUGCUGAUACAGAAAGCUAAAUCAAGAUGUACAGAAUUGGAGAAAGAAAUUGAAGAAUUGAGAUCGAAACCUGUUGCUGGAGGAACUGAUUAUAUUAUUAAGGCAUUGACCAUACGUUUGGAUGCUAUUCUUUUGGAAAAAGCAGAGACUGAGCAACAGUGUGUUUCUUUGAAGAAGGAAAAUAUUAAAAUGAAGCAAGAGGUUGAGGAUUCUGUAACUAAGUUGGAAGAUGUGCACAAGGAGUUUGAACAAACACAAAGAAACUAUGUGAAAGAAAUGGAAAAUUUGAAAAAUGAAUUAAUGGCAGUACAUUCCAAAUACAGUAAUGAUAAAGCUGGUUGGCAAAAGGAACUGGAGGAAGCAGCCAAAAAACAAUUAGAGCUUUCAAAACAAAUCAAAUUUCAGAGUGAUUCUGAAGAUAAUGUUAAAAAACUACAGGAAGAGAUUCAGAAAAUUAAGCCAGCCUUUGAGGAGCAGAUUUUAUGUCUGCAAAAGCAGUUAGAAGUUGCCACAAAUGAAAAGGAGCGAGAAAUUACUCAUCUCCAAGGAGUCACUGAGGCUAAUUCUCAGCAGUACCAAAAAGAAAUUAAUAGUUUGCAAGAAGAACUUUUACAGUUGAAAUCUACUCACCAAGAAGAGGUGAAAGAAUUGAAGUGCCAAAUUGAAGCAGCUGCUAAAGAACGCGAAGCAGGAGUAAAUCAUUUAAACCAGCUAAAGGAGAACUUAGUCAGACAGUGUGAGGCAAGUGAGAAGAACCUUCAGGAGAAAUAUGAAUGUGAAUUAGAUAAUGCAAACCAGGAAAAUCAGAUGUGUUCUUUGCUCUUACAGGAAGAUACUCUUGUAGAACAAGCAGUAAAUGAAAAAGUCAAACACUUAGAAGAUACCCUAAAAGAACUGAAGUCUCAACAUAGCAUCUUAAAAGACGAGUUAACUUACAUGAAUAAUCUUAAGUUAAAACUUGAAAUUGACGCCCAGCAUACAAAGGAUGAGUUUUUUCACGAACGGGAAGAUUUAGAGUUUAAAAUUAAUGAAUUAUUACUAGCUAAAGAAGAACAGGGGUGUGUAAUUGAAAAAUUAAAAUCUGAGCUAGAAGAUUCAAAUAAACAAUUUUGCUGUACUGUAGAACAACAGAACAAAGAAGUACAGAGUCUUAAGGAACAACAUCAAAAAGAAAUAUCAGAACUAAAUGAGACAUUAUUGUCAGGUUCAGAAAAAGAAAAAUUAACAUUGAUGUUUGAAAUACAGGGUCUUAAGGAACAGUGUGAAAACCUACAACAAGAAAAGCAAGAAGCAAUUUUAAAUUAUGAGAGUUUACGAGAGAUUAUGGAAAUUUUACAAACAGAGUUGGGGGAAUCUGCUGGAAAAAUAAGUCAAGAGUUUGAAUCAAUGAAGCAACAGCAAGCAUCUGAUGUUAAUGAACUUCAGCAGAAGCUCAGAACUGCAUUUAAUGAAAAAGAUGCUCUUCUUGAAACCGUGAAUCAUCUCCAGAGGGAAAAUGAAAAGUUAUUAACACAGCAACAAAUUGUACCAGAACUUGAAAAUACCAUAAAGAACCUUCAAGAAAAGAAUGAAGUGUAUUUAGUUAGUCUCAGUCAGAGAGAUACCAUGUUACAAGAAUUUGAAGCAAAGAUAAGUUCUCUUACUGAGGAAAAAGAUGAUCUCAUAAGUAAAAUUAAAAGUUCUCAUGAAGAGGUGGAGACUGUCUAUCACAAACGUGAAAGGGGAGAAAGGUUUAUUGUAGGACCCAGGGAGAAAGUGGAGCAGACUACCCAGUACAACAGUGAGCUAGAACAAAAGGUAAAUGAAUUAACAGCACAACUAGAAGAAACCUUAAAAGAAAAGGAUCAAAAUGACGAAAAACUGGAAAAACUUAUGGCUCAGUUGAAAACUCUCUCUGAAGACCAGGAAGCAGUGUCAUCUGAAGUGAAGUCUCUUCAUGAGGAAAAUAGUAGACUGAGUUCAGAAAAGAACCAGUUGAGCAGGGAUUUGGAAGCUCUUCUGUCUCAAAAAGAAGGAGAUUUUAUGCUGAAAGAGCAGAUUUCUGAAUUAGAAAAGAAACUUCAGUUAACAGUUGAAGAAAGAGAUAAUUUAAAUAAACUGUUGGAAAAUGAGCAAGUUCAGAAGUUAUUUGUCAGAGCUCAGUUGUGUGGUUUUCUUGAACAAAUGGAGUCAAAAGUUUCAGAAAAAAGUGAAGAACAAGAUGUUGUAAGUGUCCUACAAGCUGUAGGUGAAUCCUUAGCUAAAAUGAAGGAAGAAAAACACAACUUGGUCUUCCAGUAUGGUAAAAGGGUAGCAGAGUUAGAAAAAGAGAUUAAGUUCCUCCAAGAAAAGAAUGUGAUUCAAUGUGAGGAACUUAGGUCUUUACUAAGAGACCAUGAGCUAGAGAAAGCUCUCUUAAGGAAAGAGUUAGAAGAAACCCUCAUGGAAAAAGAGGCCCUGCAGUCUGAUCUUCUAGAAAUGAAGAAUGCUAAUGAACAAACAAGGCUUGAAAAUCAGAAUCUCCUAAUUCAAGUUGAAGAAUUAUCUCAAAAAUUAUGUAGCGAAAAUGAAAACCAUAAUGAGAAAGAAAAAUAUUUUAUAAAGGAACUUGAAAACCUAAGGCCAUUACUAGAACAAAAAGAAUCAGAAUUGCAAGAUGUGAGAGCAGAGUUGAUAUCAUUAAAGGAUUCCUUAGAGAAAUCACCUUCUGUAGAAAGUGAUCAACCUUCAGUAAAAGAGUUUGAAGAAAAAAUAGCAUAUCUGGAAGAAGAAUGCAAAGACAAAGAGGAGAAAAUAGAGAAGUUAAAACUAGUUGCUUUGAAGGCAAAGAAAGAACUAGGUUCCAGCAGAAAAGAGGCUCAGACGCUACGGGAAGAACUUGAAUCUGUUCGCUCAGAAAGGGAUCAGGUGUCUACUUCCAUGAGAGAUCUCAUUCAAGGAGCAGAAAGCUAUAAGAAUCUUGUAUUGGAAUAUGAUAAGCAGUCAGAGCAGUUGGAUCUGGAGAAAGAACGGGCUAAUAAUUUUGAGCACCAAGUAGAAGACCUUACAAGACAAUUAAGGAAUCUGGCUUUUCAGUGUGAAAAAUUAAACUCAGAUAAUGAAGACCUCCUGGCCCGUAUUGAGACACUGCAGUCUAAUACCCGGUUAUUAGAAGUGCAGAUUUUGGAAGUCCACAAAGCCAAGGCCAUGGCAGACAAAGAGUUGGAAGCUGAAAAACUUCAGAAAGAGCAGAAAAUAAAGGAGCAUGCCAGUUCUGUAAGCGAAGUUGAAGAGCUGCAGCUACAACUGCAAAAGGAAAAGAAACAGCUUCAGAAAACCAUGCAAGAAUUAGAGCUGGUUAGAAAGGAUGCCCAACAGACCACAUUGAUGAACAUGGAAAUUGCUGAUUACGAACGUUUGGUGAAAGAAUUAAAUCAAAAGUUAGCUAAUAAGAACAGCAAGAUAGAAGAUUUGGAACAAGAAAUUAAAAUCCAAAAACAGAAACAAGAAACCCUGCAGGAAGAAAUGACUUCGCUGCAGGCUUCAGUACAACAGUAUGAGGAAAAAAACACCAAGAUCAAGCAGUUGCUUGUGAAAACCAAAAAAGAACUGGCAGAUUCAAAGCAAGCGGAAACUGAUCACUUAAUACUUCAAGCGUCUUUAAAGGGCGAGCUGGAGGCAAGCCAGCAGCAAGUAGAAGUGUAUAAAAUUCAGCUGGCGGAAAUGACGUCGGAGAAGCACAAAGCUCACCAGCACCUGAAGGCGUCCGCAGACCAGCAGCAGCGCAUGCUGGGCGCCUACCAGCAGAGGGUGGCGGCCCUGCAGGAGGAGUGCCGCGCGGCCAGGGCAGAACAAGCUGCUGUCACCUCUGAAUUUGAGAGCUACAAAGUCCGAGUUCACAACGUUCUAAAACAACAGAAAAAUAAGUCUGUGUCUCAGACUGAGACCGACGGAGCCAAACAAGAAAGGUAAAGUCUGAGCUACAGG